AUGCUUCGCGGCGGCUGAUAGAAACAUGAAGACGGCCAUGUCGUGGUUCAGCAGUCAGUCGUGAAACCGAGGCGAGGCGUUUACUCUGACACUCACAGCUCAACUUUAACUACUCUUAAACCUACUCUAUCUGAACAACAACACAGCAGCAGACCCUCUCGUUUGACAGAGUCAGAUUCCGUCUAGAUAAGCGCGUUAAGAGCACGAAGAGGAGAAGCAACAUGAGUGGAGGAGGGACGCCGUACAUCGGCAGCAAAAUCAGCCUCAUCUCCAAGGCCGAGAUCCGCUAUGAAGGCAUCUUAUACACCAUCGACACGGAGAACUCCACCGUGGCGCUCGCUAAAGUUCGCUCUUUUGGCACUGAAGACCGGCCCACUGACAGGCCUGUUCCACCUCGGGAAGAAGUGUUCGAGUACAUCAUCUUCAGAGGAAGUGAUAUAAAAGACCUAACAGUAUGUGAGCCACCCAAAGCCACUAGCUCCCUGCCUCAGGACCCCGCUAUAGUUCAGUCGUCACUUGGAACCACCAGUUCUGCAGCAGGACCAUCAUUCCCGUCGGUUGGGCCCUAUGCUGCACUCAGCAAGGCCCCUGUCCCACCAUACAGCCAGUUUGGUGUUCCACCACUUGUAGCUCAGCAGUUUGCAUCUGCUGUAGCAGGAGGGCGCACCAGUCCCCAGCUGGAGACUCUAACAAAACGUCCCAGCUUGGAGCAGGCAGUGCAGGCCCCACCAUCAGCUGCCCCAGCACCACCUGCACCUGUAGGCCAAAGGAGUCAGAUGGGGGCGGCAGCUCCCAGACCCACCAGCUCCACCGUUGGCAGCCAGAAGCCCCCAGACCUCCUGGAGCAGAGGAGAGCUCCUGAGGUUCAGAGGGUGUCACAGCCAGAUCAUCAUGUACAUCAUGAACAUGGUGCUCUUGAAAACCGAGAUCCUAACAGGCAUCAAGCUGCUGGCGCUCAGUCCAACCGCCGUGGCCGUGGAAGAGGAAACCGCAGCAGAGGCAGAGUUAACGUACGUAGGGAUGGCGCCAUGAAGUUUGAAGAAGACUUUGACUUUGAGACUGCCAACGCCCAGUUCAACAAAGAUGAGAUUGACAAAGAGCUCCAGAAUAAGCUCAAACUGAGAGAUGACAAGACUGAAAAACCACAGAAUGGAGAAGAAGCUGCUGAGUCAGAGCAUCCAGCCAAUGAGGGGACCACUGAGGAGGAGGAGGCUGCGUGUGCAAACACUUACUACGACAAGACCAAGUCCUUCUUUGAUAACCUGUCUGACAAUGAUUUAAGUAAAGGGGGUGACAGAGGAUAUUCAAGGGAGCGAAGGACAACUUGGGCAGAAGAGAGACGAAUGAAUUCCGAGACAUUCGGCAUCCCUCUGAGGCACAAUCGAGGAAGAGGAGGUUUCCGCGGCCGAGGCUUCAUGGGGCCCCGCGGAGGCCGAGGGCGACCGCUUAGCAGAGGUUCCUUCGCGCCACCCCGUGGUCCUCCACCCGGUUUCAGGGGAGGCGGAUUCAGAGGUGGCAGAGGAGGCCGGGAUUUCUCUGAUUUUGAAUACAGGAAGGACAACAAGGUGGCUGCGUAGUACUGCAGCACUGGAUCCUCAAAGAAUUGUAGCCCCUCAUCAUGAAAUUAUUCCUGUUGAAGAAAUUCUUUGGUCUCAACAUUUUGACAGAAAGAAUGACGUCAUCCUCUCAGUCACCAGCACCGGGGUCGACUGCUUUACAAUGGCGGGGGGGUGAGAGUGCAGCUCCCUUUUCUCCACUUCGAGAGUUAGGCUUUUUUUGUUUGUUUUUUGGCCCAGACAUUUAGUUUGAUAAACCAGUCACCAGAUGGACGAGAACGUGUGUAAAUACCUUGCUUUGGAGUAAGUCUGUAUUUUUGCAUCAAUCAAGUUAAUUUCUUACUGGAGUUGUCUUUGAUAUUGAGAGCUGUAUGCAGAAAAGCCCACUGAAUACUGUGAGUGGAUCACGGUUCAUGUGAUCGAUAGCUUUAUUUUCUAUUUCCGUUCAGUUUUUGAUCUUGUGACGUAUGUUGGCACCACUGCAUUCAUUGCCUGUUGCACCGUAUUUUUCUCUGUUCAGACUUACUUAGUUUGGUUGCCAUGUGUUCAGUAUUUUUACCCAGUUUGCAGGAUUUUCUCUUUUUCUUUUUUUGGGACAUCCAUUCAAUUUCAAUGAAGUAGUGAGAUUAAAGCCAGUUGAAAGAAACUAAAUCUGAACUGAAUAUUGUAAUGAAUGAAUGUAUAUCUAGCUCUUCUUCUUCUGCUUGGCGCCCCCCCCAGCAUAUUGUGGCUCGCCAGACAGACUCACUUGUAGUUUUUAGAAAUGUUCAUUCAGUAUUUAGAAUUGCGUAGAUCUUACUUUGACCCCCUCAAACCUCCCACAUCAGGUGAAUUCCGUUUCUGCUUUAUAUGUUCGUGGCAGCCUAAUGCAGGCAAUCAAUAGGAACCAGCCAUUUGAAUGAUGGGGUUUACAGCAUUAGCUUUAGAAGCAUUUUGUUGACUGUAGAUUUCUUUGACCGGGGCUGUUUUUAUAUAGUUGACGAAACAAAGAGCAUUCCCAUGAUUUGUGUCUGUGAAAGAGGAACAUCCAUUACUAUUAAUGCCUUUAGAAGCUCUUAGGAAAAGAAAGCCUUUAGUGUAUUCAGUUAAAAACCUGCAGUCAGAAUGACUUUGAACAAGUUAGAUUUGGAUAAAAGAUGCUCCGCUAUUUUGCCAAAAAGAAUGAGCAUUUGGUUGAGAUAAAAAACUAAUUGUCAGUCUAUAAGUACAUGUUUUCUCAUUUUAGUACCUGUUAAAUCUACCUUUGUAUCCAAAACAUACUGAGCCACCUGUUAACGCAUGUUCUUUUUGUUAUCAGCAUCCUUUGAAUUGUCUUAGUUUGUUUUUUCCACUAUCAGCUGUUUGCGCUGCAAAACUGCUUGCAGUGUCGUAAGGAUUGUUUACAGAAAAUGGGAAACCUUGUAUAUGAUUUGAAUGAUGUCUCAAAACGUAUGUUCAUAAUCUCUGAUCAAUAUCAGCCCUCUGGCUUGUUUGUAGCUCCUCUUGUUGCAUUGUUGUCAAUGGGAUUGUUCUCUGGAGUGAAUUUCUUUUUUUUUAUUCUUACCGACUUGUGAACAAAGGGACAUGACCUGGAUGUGGUGCCAGUGUGUUGGAGGGGCGAUAGUUUUCUUUUUGGCUCUGAUUUGUUAGUACUUAAGGGAGUGCCUUCAGAAAUUUUUACAGCUCUCCCUUUAACUUAAAAAGUCGACAAAAGUAUUGAUAGCACUACAAGGCGAGGCUCGAUCUUUCUCAGUAGCCGUGGUUGUUUAAAACAAAGCAGCUCAGGUGAAAAUGUGCUGUUUAGCUGGAUAUUGCACAGAUUCGCUGAUCACUGCAUGAUAGCCGUAGGAACCAUCACUUCAUACGGGCUUUUUCGCAAUAACCAGCAAGAUUGAAUUUGAGGCAAAAAGUAUUACGGAACUAUUACAAACUGACAUGUUUUCAUAUGUUUGUUACUCCUUCCAGUCACUGGAAUUGUAAACCAGGAAUUGUUUUCAUGGGAAUAUCAGCAAAGUUGAGUUUUUACCUAAAAUAAAGAGUUGAACAAUA